AGCCACAGUCGCUGGCUCGAUUUUACACGUGUGGGCCGUGUGGGCGCUGUGGGCGCUGCGAACGUGCGUUUGUGCGCGACUGUGUGCGCGACUUUUCGCAUCUUUCACCCAUAAUCAGGCGCAUCUUUAUUAAUUUCUGAGCUUACUCUAUCAUUAAAGUACCAUACGACACUCCGUGAGGUGCCUGGUUUUAAACCACUGUGCGAUAAAAGCGUGCUAACGCUUCUACGAGUGUACAUUGGUUACGAUCGUUUCAAACUACCGCACUGGGCCUGCUCUUGGAGGGGAAAAAAAGUAUCGCUGGCGCCAUGGAUUCUGAAGAACGGAACAAAUUGAUUGAGAAACUUCAGCAGGAUACGGAAGAUUAUCUGGCGAACUGUAAGCCAGGCAAGUACAAGGAUGGCUGGAAAGAGGAGACGUGGGAAAAGGAAAUGGAGGAACACCCGCUGUUCGCGUCUAAACUUCCCGAAGAUACCGAGAUGCCGCCCUUGGUGGAGGCCCUACAACAGCUGAAGUACGACACAGACAUGAACGGUCCCGACGAGCUGGCAGAGAACUACAAGGAGGAUGGCAACAACAACUUCAAGCUGAAGAAGUAUCGCUGGGCCGUCGCAUCCUACACUGAGGGCCUAAAGCAGAAGUGCACCAACACCGAGCUGAACGCGCAGCUGUACUGCAACAGGGCUGCGGCACACUUCCGCUUGCAAAACUAUGGCUCAUCAUUGGCAGACGCGGUGUCCGCUCUCAAGCUGAAGCCCAGUUACAACAAGGCCUUAACCCGAGCCGCACUGUGCUCCUGGGGGUUGAAACGUGCACAGGACUGUCUCGAAUGGUGCAGCAAAAUAUUGAAGCUGGAGCCUGGCAAUGCCAUCAUGCUGGAUCUCAAAGACAAGGCUGAGAAACAAGUGAAGCAGGAGGAACGCGACAGACGUAAAGAGCAGCAACGGGCAAAACGGGAAGCUGCAAAGGCCGCUGCAUUGAGGUCGGCACUUGCGGAGCGAGGGAUCAAAGUGCCCGAGGCGGAAGAAGAAGCGGCGGAGGCGUUGGAGCGGCUGACGCCCACUCAUCCCGCUCUCCAGAGCCACAGGGUGCACCUGUCGGACGACGGGGCUGAUCUCGUGUGGCCCGCAAUCUUCCUCUACCCGGAGACAAUGGAGUCUGACUUUGUGCAGCAGUUUGACGAGCGCAGCACCUUUGGGGAGCAGACAGACGUCCUUUUCGGGGACCCCGGCAACCAGCCCGAGUGGAAUGCGGACGGUCGCUAUGCCCCAGGGAAGGUCACGGUUUGGUUCAAACACAAGCUCUCUGGGGUGCCUGUGCCAGUCCUUUCUACCUGUACUCUCAAGGAAAUCAUUCUUGACAAAAGGUUUCAGGUGGACAACGGAACCCCGUCCUUCUGGGUCCUUCCAAAAGGCAGUGCCUACGAGGCUCGCUUUCUCAGAGAGACCGGAAAGCAGUGACACCUGGCCACCGUCAACAAAAGCAGCAAACCGCCCCAGUCUUCCCAAAUAAAAAUGUGACGACGCA